AUGAGGUGGUGCAAUCGCCGUGACGACGAUGACGACGCUGGCCAUGAAGCCGAGAAGAAGCCAGCUUCUUCAGCCGACCAGAACUCGCCGAGGAAGACGACGACUCGGGCUUGCCCGUCCUGCGGCCAUCGUAUCCAACCUCAAGAACAGGUCUCUGUGUUCUCAUCAGAAUGACUCGACUCGCGUGGAUUUCCAUAACUUGAAAUCGAUCGGUGGCGAUUCCAGGCGACGAUCCAAGAUCUGCCGGGGCUUCCGGCCGGCGUGAAGUUCGAUCCAACGGACCAAGAGCUGCUCGAGCAUCUGGAGGGGAAGGCCAGGCCUGAGACGACGAAGCUGCACCCUCUCGUAGACGAGUUCAUCCCCACAAUCGAGGGGGAGACCGGCAUUUGCUAUACCCAUCCAGAUAAACUUCCCGGUAAUCAAUCUACCCAGUUAUGCAUAUACAUCCAUGCCCACAGUCAUACUAAUCCUGGUGAUAUAUGUGCCUGUAUAUUCCUACGUGUAUGUCCUUUCGGUUCGUCUAACUCAAAUCUGUUCUCGUCCAGACGACUCCAUGAGAACCACCCAUCAUAUGUUACGGAGGGUAAACGCGGGAAUGAGUCGCAGUGGACUCCGACUAUUCUCCACGAAAUUGAAGCCUGGAUAUCUUGUUUUCUGGCCAUCUAAACUUUGGUUAUUCAAAACAAUGAGCAUAUUUUGACGCCACAAAUGUCACACCAAGUUGGGUUUUCUCCAAAAAUGUCACAUCGUAAUUUAAUUAUCAUUAAGGUUAUAGUCGCAACCAUAUUUUAAUUACUGAAGAUUGUAUGGUUUCCUGAUGUGUCAUCGGGUCGAGUCACAAGACUAUGACCCUGCCAGGACAUGAGGCUAGGGAUCAUAGUCGGAUCCAGAAGGGUCCAUAAAAAUACUUGAUUUUAAUUAAUUUUAUAUGGAAAAUCUUCUCCAAGACGAUUUCCUGCCAAGCAAUUUUGUAUAAUUCUGGUAGCCAUCUCAUUGAUGACGAGUGAAAAACCUCGCAUUUCUUAGAUAAACAGAGACCCUCACCAUAAUUUGUCUAUUUCUUCAUUUUGCAUGGUGGGUGACGCGGACAGGGGUGAGGAAAGACGGCCUGGUGCGGCACUUCUUCCACAGGCCUUCCAAGGCCUACACGACGGGUAACCGGAAGCGGCGGAAGGUCCACGCCGGCGCGCAGGGCGGCGAGACGCGGUGGCACAAGACCGGUAAGACCCGUCCUGUGCUGGCCAACGGGAGGCUGGUCGGUUACAAGAAGAUUCUGGUGCUCUACGCCGGCAGCGGCAAGCAGAGGAAGCCGGAGAAGACGAGCUGGGUGAUGCACCAGUACCACCUCGGCCCCGGAGAAGAGGAGAGGGAUGGGGAACUGGUGGUCUCCAAGGUCUUCUACCAGACGCAGCCGAGGCAGUGCGGUGGCGCCGGAGCGAGGGCGCCGUCUCAGACGAACGGGAGCAGCGCCCGGAAGGGAGGAGGCGAGAACCCCACGGUCGUCGAUGGUGCUGAAGUAGUUGAACACCUUAAUGCCUCCCUCAUCUUCUGCAACCACGGUACCAGCUGUUAA